AUGAACGGAACAGUACUGAAUAUUAAACCAAGUACAUCUAUGAUCGUUGCUUCCAGUGGGAUCCGGCUUGAGCAAAUAAUCCCCGAUCUAAAAGCUCGCCAAGCAAUUCCUAAGACGCUCGAUUCCGAGAGAAAAGUCCAACUAGCCCAACUGGAGGCAAGACUGCAGGUAGCUGAGCGUCGACUUGCGGCCUACAACCAAAUGGAGGAAGAACUCGACAGGGUAAUAGAGGCCUCGGCGGAGCAAAUCCUCGACGACAUGCCGGCGGAUGAUGGGAAAGUCACCAGCAGAACUCUACUGAAAAUCGCCAAUCUGGGCGUACUCCCUGUGACAGCAAAUGGGCAGGUGCCAUCCACGGGUCCGCUGCUUCCCACACUUGCCACACGACGUCUCGAGCACUGUCUACAGCUAUCUCGAAAGCUGGCUGAGACAGAACGGGCUCAGUACAAGCCAGCCGGUUACUUGGCCAAUGCGCUGACCGAAAGGGAUAUACGUUUGGCGGACAUGCAACAACAGAAGACGAAAGCGGAGUACAGGCUACGAAGGCUAUACAAAUUCACAAAGGAAAUCGUCCAGGAACGCAAUGCCAUGGUCGCAGAUAUUGAACGCCACAUACACCAACGGCAGACCGCAUCAACUUCAAAUGAGUACCCGACGGAGGACCGUGUGUCUUCUAGGAGACAGCUGUGCUUCCAGAACCCUCCUUUACCUUCACCUCCGAAUGGUAACGAAAAGGACGACAACCAGGAUGAUGCACCGUACUCUUCGGGAAUGUGGUCAUUCGGAUCUCCGCCUCACAAUGACCGUCAGCCAGAUGGAUCAGGACUGCGCCGGAAGGUCUUUGGUACUUCAUGCUAG